AUGGCCGGACAGGCGUCACCCUCGCUUCAGAACAAUUCGCCCGCCUCCGAGACUCUUUCGAGUUGCAACUCGCCCUCGGUGAAGCAGGAAUGCGUUAAUUCCCCCGGCCCCGGCGCAACCGGGCCUGCGUUGCCUGGGAAGAAACGAACGAACACGUCCUCUCGAGGAGUUGCUAAUCUCACGGCGGAGCAACUGGCGAAGAAACGAGCAAACGAUAGGGAGGCACAACGGGCGAUCAGAAAGAGGACGCGCACGCAGAUAGAGGUGCUGGAACAGAGAGUGCGGGAAUUGACGUCGCUGCAGCCGUAUCAGGACCUACAAGAUGCACUGCGGCAAAAACAUAUACUACAGGCAGAGAAUACAGAGAUCAAACGGAGACUGGCUACUAUCAUGGCCACCAUCCAGCCGAUACUCGACCACUCAGGUCUUCCAGCAGCGACUGUACCACCAAGCCCGCAUAGUGAUAUCCCUACCACCAACAUGAACGGUCCCAGUCCCCAAACGAAUAUCCCACUAUCUCCACCGGCCCAGUCAGACCAGAAUUCUCAGCAUGGCCUACCCAACGGGCCUGCCGAACGACGUUUACGGAAUCCUGCGAGCCUCGAGUCUAUGAAUGGCAGCGGUACAACCUAUAGCGGUUCUCCUGCGGCGAGUGUGAGCCCGUCUCCUCCGUCGGCAUCUGGCCAAGCACAGGGCCAUCUACAGAACUGGCAACAGAAUUCUCCCAUCCCUCGCAGUGCGGACCAUGGCUGGCCAUCGCAUAAUCAACUAUUCGACUAUCAGAAACGGAACCUUACGCAUAACCUCGAGCUUUCGGGUAAUGGAGAGAGACUAGGCUUUAAUUUUCUUCUGGAGUCGUCCCAGAAUGUCCCAAGGAUCAACGAGUUUCGAGUAAACUCUAGUUCUCCAUCAAUCAAUGUCUCCCUAACAUACAACAGCCGUCUGAACAAUCCCUCGUUUAACGACUCUGCCAUGUGCCCGUACGCGGCACCAAUCCGAAAUGUCGAACCUACCUGUCCGCUCGAUGGUAUCCUACUCGACUUCCUUCGAUCCCGUCAGCGUGAGGCAGCUGAAGGGGUUCCGAAUCAACAGCUAGUCGGCCCUCCUUACCCGAGCGUCUCCUCCCUUCUCAACCCUGCAAAGGGCAUCUAUUCACACCCACUCUCAAAAGUGUUUACAGACAUUCUCAGUAAAUUCCCCAACAUCUCCAACCUACCGGAACAAGUCGCUGUUUUAUACGUCAUGUUCCUUCUCAUGAGAUGGCAAAUAUACCCGACGCGCGAGAACUACGAUCGUCUCCCCGAAUGGAUCACACCGAGGACAUCGCAAAUCGUCACCCCCCAUGCAGCGUGGCUGGAUUACUUGCCAUGGCCGCGUAUGCGUGAUCGUAUGGUCGCUUCUUAUGCCGACUACGAUUUCUCCAACUGGUUCAUUCCGUACACGACAGGGCUCAGCCUCAACUGGCCCUACGAGCCAACCGACACCUUACUGGCCACCACCGACUCCGACGAGCUAAUAAUAAACCCGGUGUUCGAAAGGCAUCUUCGCGACUUGAAUAACUGGUCCCUUGGGACGCUAUUUGCGACCACAUACCCCCAUCUGGUUGACACAACCCGAAUCGUGCCUGAAGUGAACCAUAAAAGCAGCGGUCGAAGCAACAGCGCUUGA